CUUUUCAUUGGUUUCUCUUUUCUUUCCUUGCAAUAGCCAUGGUGCUUCUCUGGGAGUUUACAUCUUACAUUCUAUAGUUUUGGGAGUUGUUUUAAUUGCCUGGACUAUAACUGUGGAUCAUUGAGAGGAGGUUAUGCAGAUGUGCGGUGCAACACCUCACCCUAGGCAGCUGCAGAAAAACAUGGCAACCUUUCAGGACUGUUUGCCGAAGCUGACCUGCGCCCUUCUUCAGCUCACCUGAACUCAUCCUUCCUCCAUUCUGAGCACAGACCCAAUCAUCAACGUCACCACAGUCCAAAAUGUCUUCCCGCAGACGCCACUUCCACUCCUUUGAUGCUGUAGGAGGCGAAGGCACCCACAGGUCUUCUAUUCCUUUUAAGCGCCACAGCAUCCGCUUACCCAGAAUCCCCCAACAUGGCAUGGUGGCCCAUCAUGAACCCACAGCCGAAUGCUAUCUUUGCUCAGAGUGUAGACACGCCCAUGCCUUGGAAGCAGUAGAGACUCAGUUGUCACCUUUCUAUCACACUCACCCAUCAUGCCACCACCACCAUCCACACCACUAUGUUCUCAGUGGGCCGAGCAGGCCUGAAGAAACACCUCUGGACCACGAACGCCACAUUCAUCAUCACCGAUACAGUAAGAAGCUGGUGUUGGUGAAGAACAGCGACCCCUCAUUCAGAAAGACCAUCAUCUUGCACCGCAGGGGUCUACGCAGUUUGGGGCUUUUCUUAGAGGAGGUUUCCGAGCUCAUGCAGUACCACAUCAGGAAGCUGUACACUGUGGGCGGGCACAAGAUCGACAGCGUUCAGAGUCUUCUGCAGUGCCCCGGUGUUCUCGUCUGUGUCGGCCGGGAGCCUUCUCACCCAUCGAUUGUGGAGAACUUUCGGAAAACGUCCGAUGAUAAACUUCCAAAGCUGAGUGUGAGGUCACGCUCCGGUGGCUGCACUGAUGGACAUGAGAGUAGGAAAAACUCUUAAAGUGAUAAUUACAUUCUUACAAGUAGUGACU